AUGACUGUUGAAGUAAACGAGAAUACUCUGCACAAUACGGAACCUGCCGGUAUAAAGAAUGCCAUAUCUAACUGCGUCGAUACUACUACUUCUGAACCAAGCAAGGUGAAAGAAAAUCAGAAUAAGAAGAAGAAAGGCAAAGGAAAAAGAACACCUCCCAGCCCUGAAGAGAUCGCACGAAUUCGUGAGGAGAGGGCGACUCAACGUAAAGCUAAGGAGGAAGCACUACUCACACAAGGAUCGAUUACCAAUUGUCCACCCGAACUACAGUUCAUUAGACGCCCUUUGUUGGAACUUCAUAAGGGCGAACCUCAAUCAGGGUUCAAUUUUAGUUUAAUGACAUAUAACUGUUUAGCUCAAGCACUUAUUAGAAGAAAACUGUUUCCUGAUAGUGGAGAUGCCUUGAAGUGGUUCAGAAGAUCAAAGGUCUUGCUUUACGAAUUUAUGCAUUACAAAGCCGAUGUAAUUUGUUUACAAGAAGUCGAUCAUAUUCAGUAUCAAAGUUUCUGGAAGGAAGAAUUUGGUAAACUUGGUUAUGAAAGUCAAUUUCAUCGCAAAGCUUCUAAAAACCACGGUGUCGCAAUAGUUUGGAAACGUGAGUUAUUUACCUUAACUGAUAAAAUGCUCAUUGACUAUGACAAAGAGGCGUCUGGUAACAUACCUCCCCGUACUACAACGAAUAAUGCAGGCUUAAUAUUAGCAUUGAAGUUUAGUGACAAAGUGCUCAAACAAUUCCCUAAUACCACCAAAUCCGGAAUUCUUAUCGGUACAACACAUCUAUUCUGGCAUCCUUUCGGGACAUAUGAGAGAACAAGACAAUGUUACGUAGUUUUAAACAAGGUAAAGGAAUUUUUACACAGAGUUAAUGUUCUACAAAAUAAUAACGAUGGUCAGAAAGAUCACUGGAUCCCAUUUUUCUGUGGUGAUUUUAACUCCCAGCCUUUUGAUACGCCUUACCUUUCAAUGACAUCAAAACCAGUGAAAUAUGCUGGACGAGCUAAAACUGUAAUAGAAUGUAGUACUUCUUAUAAAUUCUCUAAAUUAAGAGAAGGGGAAAGUGGGGCUGAUGAAGAAGAAGGAGGAAAUAUUGAAAAAUUUGGUAAGGACCAACCCCAGACACCGGUUCCGGCAGCAUUCGAUGCCACACCAGAACAGUCUGGAUUAGUUAAGAAGAUGGAGGAAUUACACAAUUCACUAGAUAUGAGAGCAAUAUCACUGUAUGCUACUGGGUAUAACAGAGUCCAUCCAGAAAAUGCUGGAUUAGAUAACGCAAGGGGCGAACCCGAGAUAUCAAAUUGGGCACAUACCUGGAACGGAUUAUUAGACUAUUUAUUUUACAUCGAUUCAUGGGAUUUUUCUGAUAGAGAACAUGCUGAAACACUUGAAGAUUUUGAAACUAAUCAUUCUAUUAAAAUCAGAGGACUCUUACGGAUGCCUCCUAAGUCUGAAAUGGAGAAGUUUGGUCAUGGCCAACCUCAUACUGGGGAAUAUGCAAGUGAUCAUUUAAGUAUGGUGUGUAAUAUUGAACUACUACUUUAA